AUGGAUGCAUCGCUCGCCGCGUGGUCGCUCUCGGCGCGCGUGUCCGCGUGUCAUCGCGUGAUCCGCGUCGCGCGAACCGUCCGGAGGCCCGACUCGACCGGCGCGUGUCGGCGUUGGACCACCGCGACGACGAGCCCCGACUCUUCUUCGGGAAUCGAAAUCACGAGCCCGAAGGACGCGCGCCGUGCUGCCGCGGGAGCGAGACGGAUGGCGGAGGAUGCCGCGGAAACGGCGGCUGUCCUCGCCACGACGGCCACCUCGCGGAAGAACGCCCGCCGGCUGGCCCGAUACGCGCGGUGGGGCGACGGCGUGAAGGGCUUCAUGGAACCCGGCCUCCUUCGUCUCUUGCUCGCAAUUGAUGACUUGCAAGCGGAGCUCGGCGUGUCCGGCGCCCUCGCCGAGGUCGGCGUGUACCACGGCAAGAGCUUCGCGCCUCUCGCCUUACUCCGUCGUCCGGGUGAGACGUGCGUGGCGGUGGACUGCUUCGAUGCGCAGGAACACAACGUCGACGAGAGCGGCGUCGGGAGCAGAGACGCGUUCCUUCGCAACUUGGAGGCGGCCGUGCGCGAGUGCGCCGACAACGAGGGGAACGAAGAGGAGGAAGAGACGGUCGGGGGCUACGACGACGACGAGAAGGAGCAUGAGGAGGACGACGAGGAGGGUUGGCUCGCGAUCAUCGAGGGAGACUCCACGGCGGUGGACGCGGGGAACUUGACGAACGCCGCCGGCGGUCCCGUCCGGCUGUUCAGCGUGGACGGGUGUCACACCGCGGAGGUCACCGCGUCCGACGUGGACCUCGCGUCUCAGUGCCUUCACCCGGACGGCGUCGUGCUGGUGGACGAUGUGUUCAAUCCCGACUGGCCGGGAGUCGUCACCGGCCUGAGCAAAUGGUGCACCGAGGUGAAGGGCACCGACUGGGAGCUGGCGCCGUUUGCGAUUGGGUUCAAUAAGGUUGCGUUGUGCCGGCGGGAUACACACGCGACGUACCUGACGGCCACCAAGGACGCGGGCGAGCGUCCGUACGGCGCGAGGGUGAGGAAAACGGCGGAGUUUCUCGGGUGGGAGUGCGCGGUGCUGUCACACGGGUGGAUCGCAACGUUCCACGCCAACGAGUAGUGA